AGCAGGCAGUGUUCCCUCGACGGCCUCGACAUCACACAACAUCACUCUAAACCCAACCAAUUGCCUUCUACCAUUCUGCAUUCAGUCGUCAGUAGCACAAUGGCGGGUAAAGUCGAUGCUUGCACCUUCUCUUGUUGUCGCCGUGGUUUCUGAGCGGAGGCCGGCCCAAGUCCAAUUGGACCGUCCCUACUAAGCGGAAUUCAUUUUUCGUUUCACCGGAAAAAUAAAAAAUUCACUAGCCCGCUCGAUCAAAAAAAAAAAAAAAAAUCAAUCCCAUGAAACUCAUAACUCCAACACUAAAUGAUUAACGGUGAAUUAACGGUGACAACAGUUGACCUAAGUGAGUAAUUAACGACAGUUAUUCAUCGGAAAUUUCCACCUCUAGUCCACUAGGAGCAAUCAACAAGCAAACGAGAAAAUGUUAUCGAAAGGAUCCAUUGAGAAACGAACGACGACGAGGAAUAUCUAAUAAACCACAGAGAAAUAAUCUAAUCAUCAGGUUGACUUGCGGCGACAUAAGACCGUUCAAGUUCUCACUCCGUCCAGGGACACAAGAGGUUGCAAUAAUUUCAGCCAACAGCUCAAGUGUCCUAAUUCAUCAAUAUACAUAAAAAUAAAAAUCAUUUCUAGAAUUCAUAUGAAUACAUUUAAAAAGGGAUGAUUGAAAGAUGAAUUAUAGUAGUUAAGAGGCUACUCGAGUUACCUGCUUUGAAUAACCACAUCAUCAUGUACAAAGGAGUAACCGUUAAUGAAUCAUUGUCAAAUGAUUAUAUUGCAUUGAAAUAAUACGAAUAUAAGACUUAAAUGCCAACAUAGUGUUCCAAGGUCAGGGAGACCAAGUGAAGUUUGUUUUGUUGAUCAGUGAAGGUGUUAAUUAGUGCCCAAAAAAUAAGUUUAUUUCUUCGUCAAUUGCAAUAUGAGAUUAGCCAAUCGUCAGCAUCCGCUGCAUCUACAAGUGACACGCAUUCAGAAUGGCAAAUUUCUGGUCAGCCAAAAUGGCCAUAAUCAGGAUGUCAUGCAGUCGAGUUGUGAUGAAACAACUACAGCAACAACAACGGUAGCACCAGUUGUAUUUCCAAGCUGUGAAGCAAUACCGACUGACAAUGCAGGCCCUACGCUACUUGGAAAUAGAUUUUUACUUGUCGGACCUGCCGAGGGCAGUGCACUUUAUCGAUGUGUGGAUGUUCAAAAUGGACAACAAUUAGUGGCAAAGGCACUUACAGCGAGUGAUAGAGGUGGUGAAGCACUGCUGAAGGCCCAUUUGAGGCUUGAAGGGACUGGGGCAGCGAGUGGAGUUGCUGGGGUCGUUGAUGCACCAGGGGGAAAGAGAUAUCUCCUUCUUGAAGGACAUCAUGGUGAUCUUCAUGCUUAUGUGAGGGCAAGAAGGAGACUCAGAGAGCCUGAGGCAAGGCGGCUGUUUCGACAGGCUGCUAAAGCUGUUGCCAAGUGCCACGAGAAUGGCGUUAUUCUCAGGGAUCUCAAGCUGAGGAAAUUUGUAUUUGCUGAUGAGGCAAGAACUCACUUGCGUUUGGAGAGUUUAGAGGACGCCGUGAUAGUCGAUGAGGACGAUGACAAAUUGACUGAUCGUCGUGGAUGUCCAGCAUACGUUGCUCCAGAGGUAUUACGAUCAGGAAGAGCAUAUUCUGGCAAAGCAGCUGACAUUUGGUCCCUCGGUGUUCUUCUGUACACGAUGCUAGUUGGUAGAUAUCCAUUCAAUGAUGCUGAACAUGCAUCACUCUUCGCCAAAAUAUCGAGGGGGCAAUUUGCUAUGCCAGAUGGACUCAGUGCGCGGGCUAAGUGUCUCAUUCGUUCUUUAUUGAGGAGAGAACCAUCUGAGCGUCCUGAAAGUGAAGACAUUCGUCGGCAUCCUUGGAUCGCUAAGCCACUGGUUAAUAUAUCACACAUUGGGGGAAGAUCUAAUAAUAAUCAUGAUCAACAAGUUCCUGAAACGACCAAGCCUUUUCAAGACUGAAUUUCCAUGAAUUGAAAUGUUUUAUUUUUAUUUUUUUUUUUCCUUCAUUAAUUCCGAACUCUACGCAUGGAAAUAAAAAUUGUGGUUUAUGUAUCUAUUUUCUUUCUAGAGAAGCUCUAUUUUUUUUGAUUGAGAGAAGCCUCAGAAUUCGUAAACGAUAAUGGUCAAAUUCAACAAUGAAUUAAAAAAAUUUUCAGAUAAUUUUAGGGUGUAUUGGUGGGAGAAGGGUUAAAAGUUAUGAAAUUUUUAAUUGCAAAUACUUUAGGAGUCAGUGAGAGCUGCCAUAUGUCUUCCACAAAUAUUUGCGUAAUCAUUUAUAAUUAAAUUUUAGAUUCUUCCUCUCUCACCACUCUACCCAAAAUCCAUUAUAAAAAACAGCGAAUUUAAAAUAUAAAGAGAAAUUAAAUAUAUAAACUAGGAUAACCGUCCGCGCGUUUGGGUAUUUCUUUUUGAAAUUUAUCAAAUAGAAUAAAUUAGUGCAUUCACGCCCAACUGUCAGCCCCACUAUUUAAGAACCUUCCUAACGUUCCUGGGCGAAUGCCAGGGCGAAUGCCAGGGCGCAUUCCAGAUUAAGAGUCUGGUGAUGGUAGUUGCAACAACUGAACAUAUUAAAAACGCUUUUUUAAUAAUUUAAAUAAUACAACAUAUAACUGAGAUAUUCUCAGGCUUUGGAAGUAUGAAUUAUGUAAUAUUUUGUGAACUGAAUUUGAAAUUUGAGAGAUAAUUUCCGCAUCGUGAAUUUUGAAUUGAAUGCAGGUGUUUAAAGUGAAAUGGUUUUUAUUUCGUCUGGAAUGAAGAUUGUGGAUAUUAUGAAUUGAUUACGUUCAAAUGAUGUAAAUACGUAGAUAGAUAAUAAAUAAUUACGUGAAAUAUAUGAAAUGCA